AUGGCCAUGGCGACCUCCACCUUCUCCGCCCACCCGCUCUCGCUCAAGCCCCAGCUCGGCCCCAAGCCCCACCGCCUCCACCUCGUCCCCUUCCCGCGCCUCCGCUCCCACCGCCGCCUCGCCGCCGCCGGGGAGGCCCCCGUCGAGGCGCCACCCAAGCCGGCGGAGGCGGAUCCCUCCCCCGCCGCAUCCAACGGGUCCGCCGCUCCCGCUGCCGCUGCCGCUGCCCCGGUCGCCGCCGCCGCUGCUCCGGUCGCCGCGGCCAAGGCCGAGGCGGUGGCGUCGCCCAAGUUCCAGGACUCGAGGUGGGUCAACGGGACCUGGGACCUCAGCCGGUUCGGGAACACCGGCGGCGCCGUCGACUGGGACUCCGUCAUUGACGCCGAGGCCAGGAGGAGGAAAUGGCUUGAAGAUUCCCCGGAGGCAAGUAGCAGCGAAGACGCCGUUGUGUUCGACACUUCGAUUAUCCCAUGGUGGGCAUGGAUCAAGCGGUUCCAUCUCCCUGAAGCCGAGAAGCUAAAUGGCCGUGCUGCCAUGGUGGGCUUCUUCAUGGCUUACUUUGUCGAUAGCUUGACGGGCGUGGGGCUUGUCGACCAAAUGGGCAACUUCUUCUGCAAAACCCUGCUGUUUGUUGCUGUGGCUGGGGUGCUCCUGGUCAGGAAAAACGAGGACAUCGACAAUCUGAAGAAGCUCAUCGACGAGUCAACGUUCUACGACAAGCAAUGGCAGUCAACUUGGCAAGAUGAUUCCCCUUCCGGGCCGAAGAAAUAG